UUCACUGGUUGAAACUAGAAAGAAAGAAAGAUAGAAACACACCGUGUAGUUGUGUUGGUGCCGCUUAUUAUAUCUUCUCUCUUUCUCUUUCUCUUUCACUUUCUUAACAACAAGUAUCAACUACGUACCUCUUUCUUUCUCUAGUGUUUUCUGUUCCUUUGGUUUGCAUCUCAUACACGACAUCACGUGCGAACACCACACAACCUUAACUUCCCCGAUUUCACUUCUUUCUUUCUCACACACCAUACCAACACUCUUUAUAAUAGCCAUUUCGCAUCCCAAAGCUUUUGAAGAUUCCAGCACAAAGGCACAGAUACUGUCUGAAAGAGUUUUUAUUAGCGUCGCGGUUCUGCUUUUCAAGGUUCGUCCUCUCUGCAUCAAUGCUCGAAUUUCUCGCCGCAAUUUGCGUGGGGUAGUUUCUGUUUGAGUCUGCUUUAGAAUCACAAGGAGGGAUUAGUUUAUUUGGAGAGGAAAAUACUGGUGGAGAUUUGAAGAGGAGCAUAUACAACUCUGGCCAACUCUUUAAAGAUAUCUUCUCAAACCGGAAGAGGCUUAGGUCUUUUUAUUUCCGGUUGUCAGAUUUGUUCAGAAAGGGUCUUAUCUCUUGUUCUGCGCCUUCCCAUAGAUUAUGGCUAACAUUUGAUUCAAUGUGAUAGCUACUCAACUACUAGUAUGUUUGUAUUGUCAUCCUCCUACUUUUUUUCAAUGCAAUUUGUUGUGAAAGGAAAAAAAUUGUUGGAUCUAUGUUCAAAGCUGUUUAGGAUUGCUUAGAAAGUGAAACGGAUUGAAAAGCGGCAAAGGGGAUUGAAUUGAAAGGUUUUGGAACAAGCUUUAUCUUCUGGGAUGGCCAUGGUUAGGUGCUUCUCUCUUUUGCCUGUGAGGAAGGACAAACACAAGGGGAAUGAAAGGUCUUCAAAAGAGGACUUUAACACUCUACUUGCCAAACUACAAUCUACAAAAAAAAUAACAUCAGAGUCAACCACUUUUGAUGCCAUUGGUAUUCAGAAAAAUUCAAGGUUCAAUGCGACGAGGAUUAUGACCCUUGAGAGUCCUGUGAAGGCUGAAGCACAUGAAACUUAUAAAGAUGAAGAUUCACCAUUGAUCAAGAGAGAACUCUCUGAUUUUGAUCUCCAAGAUCAUGAAGCUGUUGCAAGCAACGCAUAUGAUACAACAGAUAAAAAGGUAGAGUACCCCAUUUUAUAUGAAAACCAAGUCAACAAUGAAUUGGAAGACAAAAAUGAUAGAUACAGCCAAAAGAGUGUCGAUACAACUGAAAGCGGACACAUCACUGAUCCUGGAAUUGGCAAGGCUGAUUCCUGGGCUUCUCCAAAGUUCAAGAGACACUUCUCCAACCUUGAAAAAUUUGAUGAGCAUGGGAAGAUAACUCGUCACUUGCCGGCUUCAAAGUCGAAGUCUUUUGAGAAUUUUCAGGAGUUAUCAGCAAUGGUUAAUCUUGAAAGCCCUAGGUCUGUGAUGAGUCACUACAGUGCUGAUAGAGUAUUGUUGAAAAGGCACUCUUCAAGUCAGGUACUCCCUUCUAGAAGUAAAAAACUGUGGUGGAAGAUGAUCCUAUGGAGCCACAGGAACACACGCAGAACUCUCCCUAGCAAUUCAACACUAGUUCCUACUAGUGCUGCUUUAAAUAGUGGAUACUCUUCAGACACCCUUGAACUGAAACAAGGCAAGGCAUUGAGGCCUGUGAAAUCUUCUGAUUCAAUUACUAUGGAAUCCUUUAACAAAAGAAGAAUUGGUAAAAAUAUUGAUAAUCAAAGGGGGAGCAGGUUUCAAAGCGACCAAUGGAUUGCUUUCUCAACAGAAUCAUCUUCUUUUUCCAGAGUGGAUGCAUGGGUGAAGGGUCUCGAAAUUCAGCAAAUGCUUCCUGAGGAUGAUUUUGAUGAUGACAAUGCCAGAAGAAGCAUUGUCUUCCCACCUUCUCCUAAUGCUGGUGGGUCAAUGAUGAGAACCACAUCUCAGUUGACUUAUCCAGAUGCCAAUCUUUCAAAAGAGGCUUUAACUGCGAUUAGUGUAGUCCAGUCUCUAAAUCCAGCUUCAACUAUUGCUCACAUAUCUGGUAUUGGUGUAAAAGCCAUCCCUGCUAUUUCACACUUAUCCAAUCUCCGCUCUGUCAACUUGUCAAAUAAUUUCAUAGUUCACAUCUCACCAGGAGUUCUACCAAAGGGUAUUCAAACACUUAACUUAUCAAAAAACAAGAUCAGUGCCCUUGAGGGCCUCAGAGAAUUGACCAAGUUGCGGGUACUUGACCUAAGCUACAACCGUAUCUCGAGAAUUGGACAAGGUUUGUCAAGUUGCACACUUAUCAAAGAGCUAUAUCUUGUGGGGAACAAAUUAAGUGAUGUUGAAGGGCUACACAGGCUAUUGAAGCUAACAGUUCUAGAGUUGAGCUUCAACAAGAUCACAACAACAAAAGCAUUAGGCCAGCUAGUGGCUAACUACAACUCACUUAAGGCCCUUAAUCUCCUUGGAAAUCCGAUUCAAAGCAAUAUCAAUGAUGACCAGCUUAGCAAAGCAGUCUGUGGUCUCCUUCCAAAGGUGGUGUACCUGAACAAGCAACCCCUUAAGGCCAAUAGGACACGCGAAAUAUUAAGCGAUAGUGUUGCCAGAGCUGCACUCGGGAACAGCACACGGAGCUGUGAAAGAAGAUCAGUAAGAAGAGUUGGCCAUGGAGGAUCAAAUCUUUCCAGAGGGAAUAGUAGAAAUGCCAGUGUUUCCCAGAAAAGCAUGAACCGGACAAGGAGGUGAAAGUGAACUUGUUAGUUGCAUGUAAAAGGAACAACUCAAUGGAACACUUUUCAUUUGGUUCUUCUCAAUGUUAUAGCAGAGGAAACUGUGUUCUAGAUGUUGCUGUCUCUUGAUUUGUUUGUGAGAGAUGUAAAAUUUCAUUUAAAUAGCUUAAACGUUUAAGAUAAUUGUUUCCUGAUAUAUUACCGAAGCCCUCAUAAUUAUGUAGUCUCUUCAAGGCCAAGGGACUCUAUCAUGAAUGGGUGUGUUAGAAUUUAAAAUGAAAGUCAUUAUUUGCUUGCAUCCUA